AUGUCGCCACUGCUGUUCUUGAUUGCGAUUCUUCCGCUAACUUCAUGUCAACUUCUGGAAAUAUUCGGCCUGUCUACUGGUGACGCGGGCACCGUCGAUCGUCAACCAUUUCAUGAUCUUGCAAGUCAAUCUGUUGGACUCAUCAACUAUCUGCAGACCGUUCAGCGCAAUCCCAACAAUCAAUUGGCGAAAAAGUGUCCACUUCCUGUAGUGAACUUCAUGGAAGGAAUACCAGUAUUACCAGGAGUUAUGGGCAGUUUACCGGGUGCCGGAUCAUGCUUACCACGUGGAUCACCUCUCGUUCGCGAUAAAUCGCCAAGUUUCUUCCAGAAUAUUCUACGGAAUAUACCGGGAGCACAUGAUUACUUAGCAAGUCUAUUACCAUCACCUAAAGUAGAUAUCGAUGCGCUUCUAGGAAAAUAUCACUGGGCUAUCGACACACCGUCAGUACACAAUCGUUUCUGCGCAACAACAGAAUUCCAACAAACGGCACAGGCCGGAAACACAACGUCAUUUAGCCUACAAGAGAAAUUUCGUACACAAAGCGAAGAAGGAGGCGAAAAGGUAGCGUUCGGUUACGGUAUACUUCAUAAAGAUCGCACUUACGUCUACAUGCAGGAUGACCCUUGUCCGUAUCAAAUUGUACUUGUCGGUCCACGUAACAACGGCAACGGUCAGUACGAAUACGUUGUGCUGUCGAAUUGGGCCAGAUUUCCGUUGAUUGGCCUAGUUCGUGAUAUUCGUGUAUUCUACAAUAAAUACAAGGAUCAACUUGAAACUGAGCUGGAGAAGGAAGGCUUCAUCAACGACUAUUCUGGGUCAUCCAACAUCCAUUAUUCAGAUUGGUCGAAAUGUAGACCGGCUACGCCAGCAAGCUAUAUUCAAAACGUCCUUUCGGAAUUGUUCGGCUAA